AUUGGCCCUCUCGCCAGGUAGCUGCAGCCGUCCUGCCAAUCGGGGCGCUGUCCACGCGCGGCCGCCCACAUCCGAUUGGCUCCGCGGCGGUGAUCACGCAGCGUGAUGCACUCCGAGCGUGCGCCCGUCGAGGAACCAAUGAGGAGGGGGCCCAGGGGCAGUCCGCGCCGAAUAGUAGGGUGAGGAGCUGAAAGGUGGCCAAUGAGGAGCGGGCUGAGGCGGGACUUUCCGCUGCGGGCGCUGGCAGACCCGGGCGGGUUUUAAAGGAACCGUCGACGGCGGCCGCAGGCUUCCCCCGGAGCCGGGGAGCUAUGGCGGCGGCCGGGCCGGGCCUGGGCCCCGGGGCUGGCGGGACGGUGAGGACGCUGGCCCUGGUGCUGGAGGAUGAGGCCCAGCGCGGCGGCGGCGGCUACUGCAGCGGGGACACGGUGUCCGGCCAGGUGCUGCUGGAGCUGGCGGGCCCGCUGCCGCUCCGCGGGCUGCGCCUGGAGGCCGCGGGCCGGGCCCGCGUCGCUUGGAACGAGAGCUCGGGCGCUGUCCCCGGGGCGGGAACCUGGGGGGCGGUGGUGAGGGCGCCGGGGCCGGGGCCGCGGCGGGAGGCGGAGGUGCGCUACCUGGACAUCCGGCAGAGCCUCCUGCGGGACCCGCCCGAAGGUGAGGAAAGCUUAAUUCUUCUAGAUGGAAGACAUGAAUUUCCGUUCAGCUUUCAACUCCCUCAAGAACCCCUGGUGACCUCUUUUACUGGGAAGUAUGGCAGUGUUCACUACUACGUGAAAGCAAUUCUGGAGAGGCCUGCAGCACCUGAUCAAAGUGUACAGACAGAGCUUCAGGUUGUUAGUCAUAUCGACGUCAGCUCGCCAGCUCUAUUGACACCUGUUCUAAGAAGUCAGGAGAAGAUGGUUGGCUGUUGGUUUUUCACCUCUGGGCCAGUGUCUCUCAGUGCCAAAAUUGAGAGGAAGGGAUACUGUAAUGGGGAAGCCAUACCAAUCUAUGCAGAAAUCGAGAACUGCUCUUCUCGUUUGAUUGUUCCAAAAGCUGCCAUUUUCCAAACACAAACUUACCUGGCCAGUGGGAAGACAAAAACUUUCCGUCAGAUGGUUGCCAAUGUCCGAGGAAACCAUAUUGCCUCUGGGAGUACAGAUACCUGGAAUGGGAAAACUCUGAAAAUUCCACCUGUAUCCCCCUCUAUACUUGACUGCUGUAUUAUUAGAGUAGAAUAUUCAUUAGCUGUGUAUAUCCAUAUUCCUGGUGCUAAGAAAUUGAUGAUUGAAAUGCCUCUGGUGAUUGGCACUAUUCCAUGUAUUGGAUUUUCAAGCAGAAACUCCAGCAUUACCAGCCAGUUUAGUAUGGAUAUGAGUUGGCUGGCACUGACCAUGCCAGAACACCCUGAAGCACCACCAAAUUAUGCUGAUGUAGUGUCUGAGGAAGAGUUCUCCAGACAUGUUCCUGCUUAUCCACCACCAAUUGACUGUGAGGAACAAUUGUGUUGUCCUGUCUUUGCUUACAUACAAGAGUUCCGGUUUCAGCCUCCACCUCUUUAUUCAGAGAUCGAUCCACAUCCAACUGAUGUAGAAGAAAUUCAGCCUGUUUCUUUCAUGCUCUGAAGAGGAUUUGUAAUGAGCAUCAUUGUGAUGAAUGUCUUAAAUCUUUCUGCUGCUUAAGCCAAUAGCGCAGCUAAAAAGGAAACAGUUUUCUUUUUCAAAACUUAAGUUUGUGUACAAGAAAGGCAAAGGAAAAUGGAGAGGGAGGUAUGAGCAUGUUUGGUGAUGGAAGAGAAUCUGCUGGAUUAGUCUGCACAGAGGAUAUUGUGGGAGCAGCUAUGUUUGGGAUACUUGAGAAGUACCUGAAAAUACUGAAUGCUUUCUAAAAAGUGGAUAUACUACAUAAAGUACGAGGAGGAGAUGUAAGGAUCUUCUGAAGAGAAAAGAAUUUAUAUUUUGUUUGGAACACUGGAAGAAUUUACUAAUGAUGUUGAGAACUUCCUGUAGUAGAACUUGCGUAGUAGAACAGAAUGUGGGGUUAAGAAAACAUUUCCAAAAGAUUCCAGUGUUCAAGGAGCUUCAGUUUUGCACUGUCUGCAUCCAAGAAAAGAACACUACUAAAAUGUGGAGUGAAGUCUUCACUCUAGCUUAACUUUGUAUUUCAUGAGAACCUGCUCUUCUAACAACUGCCAAGUGGUACUAUUUCAUCAUUCAUAAUGAUUCUAAAGACAUCAUGGAUGACAGAAUAGCUAUUACGCAAUAUUAUGAAGGCAACCAUUUACUGAAUGAAAGACACGAGUAUGUAAAAGAAAAUUGAACUUUUAUAAGAGCUUAUGCACUAUGCUUUCUUUCAAGGGAUUUCUUAAGGGAAUUAUUCUAGCCUCUUCUACUGUGAGUUUUUUUUCUGCAUCUUAAGCCUAUGGAUAGCAUGGUAAGAGGAAGCAUGGCAAGGGAGAAUCCUUUUGCCAACAGCAGGUAUACUUAGCAACAUGGACAAUACUUAUUUAUUCAGAAGCCUUUAUAAGCCUACCUCUGUUUUGGAUAUUUACUUACGGUCAGAUCUGAGACCAAAAAAGUCUUGUUAAAGCUCCAGUAUACUUCAAGGUUCUAAAAGGGACCCUAAAUGGUUUCUGUGGUUAGUGAAUGAGAUAGGAGGUGUAGGGAGAGGUGUAAAUAUACCCAGAAUAGACAUAGCUUAUAAGUGAAGUGAAAGCAGACGUCAGAGGAACGAAAUCCUCUGGUAAUGGCACAAAGCUUUUCAUUACUCCUGCAUUUUUGUCUAGAGAUCUGUUGUCAGGGGCUGCACUGGUCAUUUGCUAUCCAUACUAUUUUUUGUUAGUGUGUUUCCUUGUUUGUUUUUUGCUGUUUAAUUUUGUUUUGGUGCAAUAUUUUAAUGUUUUCUUCCUCAGGUCAUUUAGAACAGUGAGAGUUUGUUGCUGCUAAAAGUGAAGGCAGAGCAUUUUACUUGGCCCUUCUGCUGCCUUCAUUUAAAGUAGAAUGUUUGCUUCCUGCCAAGCAUCAAUUGGAAUAAGUAAGCCACCAUCAACAGAUCACUUAAAGGAGCAGAAACACAGCAUUCUCAAUAUGCACGUUUACAGUCAAGUCUUUAAGCGACAGGGGAUUUUGAACUACUAGAACUACUCCAUAUGUCUUACAGAACAGUUUGGGGGUAAAACCCGGUGCUUCAUGUGGUAAUACAUUGUACUUUCUGAUGACUACAAGAACAGUAAUUGAGUUUCCUUCAUUUCAUCAAUAACUGCAGUUUAAAAAAGCUUAAAUGGUUUUUUAUGAAAUCUGUCUUCAUUUAAGAAGCAGGGAUUUUUCUACAGGCAUACACGGAUAUAUAUUUUUAGUCUUGGUUUAGUAUGACUUCCUUACAUUGUCUAAUUUCUAGCACUUCACCUCAAGUCACUUUUACAUCUGUGUAAGAUACAUACUGAUUGAGAUUCACGUUUCCAAACUGCAGUUAUUUUUUUUCAUUUGCAACUUUAAGUAUUGUCUUCUAUAGCAAAUGCAGCUCUAACCAAAAUUUGAGUGCAUGUUUUAGAAAGGACCUUCUAAAAAGUAGUAUUUAUCUUAAGUCUCAAGAUGUAGCUCUCAUGCCUUUUUAUUUAAGUGAUGGUGUGCCCAUACAAUCAAUGCAGGAUUUUCAUUCACAUCACCUGGAAAGGGAACAAGCGUAUUUUCCUUAAACAGAUACCAUUAUAGUUACUUGAAAAGUAAUGUGGCUGUGUAUUAACUUGCAUGUUAAUAAUUCAAAAUAUUAGCUUAAAGAACAUUAGGUGCUUUUUUGGACUGUAAUACCUGAUAGGUGAUGUGUGCUACCUGGUAUAAACAUGGUCAAGCAAACAAGAGCAUGAAGGGUAAAGAUGUGCUUUUUUUUUUUCUCCUCCUAAAAUCUUUGAGUUGUUUUUUAUUAUUUGCAGAUAAACUGUGGCCUUAGAUUGUUUGCUGCAAAAAAGACAACUAGAAUGUGUUUCUUAGGAAGCACACAUGGCCCUUCAAAGGAGGGGUGAAAACUAGAUUAAAUUCUGCUCUCUGACACUUGGCUUAGUGCAGAGGGUGAUCCUUAAAAUAAUUACUGUUUGCACAAUAAUAAGUUCAAUAUGCAGGGGCUUUGUUUUGAUAACUGUGAAACAGUUUAAAAGAGACAAAAUAAAAAAAAAAUUAAAAAAACCAAACCAUGCUGUUUAACAUACAGGAACAUGAUUGUAUUUUGUACUAAUGAAUGAGCCCCAUGGGUUCUUUGUUAAUAAAAGUGUCAAACC